AUGGACGAGCUGGCCUUGCGCCAGCUCAACGGGGACGAAGACGAGGACGAGGCCUUGAGACGCGCUUUGGCCCUUUCCAUGGGCGAUACUGACGGAGCACCCGGAACAAGCGAUGACACAGGUGCCAAUAGCGACUCUGGCGCCAAAUCACGUGUCCACGUGAGGUCUCUAUCCAAUGCCACUACAGCAUCCACCGCGUCCACCGCGUCGCUAUCGCCGCCGCCACCCAGGCCAGAGAACAGUGAUGCAUCACCAAACAUUGCUGCGGGCCUCACGAAACCAGAUGGGCCAACUGCGACGGAUGCACCUGCUGGUCCGAUCGAUGCUGCUGCGUCAGUGACUGUACCUGCCAUGUCGCUGCUCAAUCUCGAUCGAAAAGCCAUGGAGGCAGAGCGCUUGGCACGCCGACAAAAAGCUCUGGAUGCACAGCAAUCUCAAAAUGAUAUCGCAACGGGGGCAGAGGCAAGCAAAGACAAUACUCAACGUCUUUUGAAGAAGGAAGGCCAUGUAGCCCAAACGUGGAAAUUGCAACGGUCGCCCAAAAAGAGAAAGGCAGAAGAUGACAUUAUUGUCAUCGAUGAUGACGAUGACGACGAAACCGAGAACGCAAAGGGCGACAGCAAAGAAGGCACAAAAGGAAGCGACGACCGAAGAAAAGAAAUUCAGCAACCCGAUUUAUAUCCCGUUCCCAGACGACGCAAGAUCGAUUUGGAGGAAAGCGAAAGCAGAAAGAGCACAGCAACGUCACAUUCUCGCGAAAGUUUCAAAGGUCAGCUGGCUGGCCCUUCGGGUGCAGUUGUCUCUGCACCGUCAUCACCCCACCUUCCUUACGCCAGAGGUGUAGUGAAGAAAACCUGGGUGCGCGGUCAGCCGCGGCGCGGUGACGACGUCACGAUCGAAGAAGUUUGGCAAAAGGACGCUCUGGAAUUGGCUGUACUCAGCUCCUUCCAGUGGGACGAAGAUUGGAUGAUGUCGAGACUGGACACGCGACGGACACGCGUCAUGCUGAUUGCAUAUGCCGCUGACGAUAUUCAGAAAGAGCAAAUGAAGGCAAACUCGCAAGGAAGUAACAUCCGCUUCUGCUUUCCACGCGUGCAGACGAUGGGCCAUAUGCACUCGAAGCUGCAGCUCCUCAAGUUCCCAGGCCACCUACGUAUUGCGGUGCCUACGGGCAACCUUGUCCCUUAUGACUGGGGAGAGUCGGGGACUCUUGAGAACAUGGUAUUUCUUAUUGACCUGCCAAAGUUGCCAAAAGGCAGAUCGGCGGAAGGUACAGGCACGCCGUUUAUGGAGGAUUUAUCCUACUUCCUUACAGCCCAGGGUGUGGAUGCGGCGAUGGUGCAGAGCCUUCACAGUUACGACUUUUCGGAGACUGUCCGAUAUGCCUUUGUGCACUCCAUAUCUGGCUCUCACAUGGACGAGUCGUGGAAACGCACAGGCUACAGUGGUCUGGGUCGGGCUGUCAAGGCCAUGGGAUGGGCAUCAACAGAUCCCAUUCAGGUCGAUUAUAUUUGCUCCUCUGUUGGCUCCGUGUCUGACGACUUGCUCAACGCAUUGUACUUUGCCUGCCAAGGUAAGUAG